AUGCCUAAGAACUUUCUAGUCAAGCGUCGAAAGACCGAUAACUCCUCCAACCCUCACAUCUCAGACCAUUCCAGUUGUCUGGCAUUGCCUUUGACUACUCGGCCCCUAAUAUACCGCUAUUCAGAUGAGGAUCGGUCCGACUCGAGCUCAUCAGAACCAGAGGUCGGUUCUGUGACCAGCAUUCCAUCCCCUCUUGCAAUCAGCCAUUCAUCGCAUCCAUUGGCCUCAUUAGUCUCACCAUCACUAUUGUCUUAUAGUAAACAAUACUCCAACACAGAGUUACCACAAGAAGUACCGCUCGCUUUAACCAAACACUCGUCGUAUUCAUCUGAGCGCAAGAGCCCCACCACUCCUAAUGAUGGCGAGAGUCCGUCAGCACUGGACCUCCGGUGUCCCAGUUUUAUAUUUCACUUCCCGGACAGACUGCCCGCUUCCGCCCCCUCUGUAUUCCAACGAAACAUCACUGCAUUAGUGAACCGAUCGGACCAUAAGCCCAAUAAAUCGUUGUCUACCUCUAAGAAACGGCACUCAACUGACAGUCAAAAGUCACUAAAAAGACAUAAAGUCAUCAGAAAAUUGAAUUUCGAUGAACACAAGUCGUCUCCAGUGUCGGGCACUUUCAUCCGCGACUCUGACAGUGAGGACGACUUCUCCGCCCAUUCUUCGUGUGUCCGACGAUCGGGUGAUAUCGACCCGAGUCUUAAUGUGGUGGUCAUUACAGACGAGGCGCGCGCGGAGAUCGAGAAAAUCGAGAAUAAGAUCGGAGACUAUAUCUGCGCGCUCUGUAAGGAUAAGUUUGACGACGCCUUUGGAUUAGCCCAACACCGGUGCACACGUAUCGUACACGUGGAGUACAGGUGCCCCGAAUGUGAUAAGGUGUUCAACUGUCCGGCCAAUCUGGCGUCACACCGGCGAUGGCAUAAACCCAGAAACGGUGGUAUAAACGGCACCGACACCAACAACAAGAAGAGCAAA